CGGAGACCGUUCCUCUUCAGUCAGUUCUCGAUCGCUUCGGAAGUGAUUGCACGAGUUUUUUCUUUGCAGCAGCAAAUACCAAAAAAUCUUCCCCAAAACAUCAUCCCCAGCAAUGGCCGCGUUCAAAGCAACCAUUCUCUUCGCCUUCGUCGCCCUGUUUGCGCUGGUUUCGGCCAUCCCCGCACCGCAGCAGCCGGUUGCCGCCCGACAGCAGAUCGAGCCACGACCGGUGGCCGCAGCGCCGGACGCAGCUGACGAGCUCGAAGCCGGUGCCGACGAUAAGGACCUGAAGGGCGCCUCCUCCUUCGGCUACGGAUACUAUGGAUACCCGGGCUACGGCUAUGGAUACUACCCGGGCUAUGCUUACUCCUACGGAUGGGGUGCGCGCUACCCUUACUACCGCUACGGUGGACUGUACGGAGGCUACUGGUACUAGACCGUCGAUAGUGGCGACCUUCUUCUCUCCCUGCUUCCCCAUGGACAUCUCGUCAGCCCGACUAUCGCCACCUGCAUAAUUUGAAACUGCAUCCAUUGAACUGCACCGGACCGGAUAUCUCUCGCCCUAGUCGGUUUCCACCCAUCGUUCUCGGUGGUCGGCUAAAGCUGGCCAGGCCCCCGUUUCCCCUUCAAAGUUACUUCCCUUCUCGAGUCCGUCGUUGAAAAAUGUCUUCCUUAUCACAAACUUGACUCAACGUUAUUUAAGCAAUAAUGUACUGUUUGUUUCGUUUUUUUUUGUUUGUUACUGCCCAUUUGUUUUAUCUGCCCAUCUCAUCUCUCAAUCGUGUCGGUCAUUUUGUUCAAUUGUGAUCUUACGCUGCCGUUGAGUGCAACAAGCCAAGCACAGACAAAACUUUGAAAGAACAAAUACCUUUUUUACUUAAUGGUUAAACCUGUUUUUUUCUAAUAAAAACGAGCAUAAAAUAGUGUAA